AUUCGUUCAAUUACGAUUAAGUGAGUUCAUUGGGUUCAUGAAUACUGUCAAAAAGUGAUUUAUUAAGACCUAUGCUUUUUCUCUCCAAGUGCCUCCACAAUGCAGGAAUGCCGUUGGGGAGACCUAAAAUGCUCUCGGGAGAGCAUGUCCCUGAUCCCUCUCAGUAUUAGGUUGGCUCCCCAAAAUAAAAUCCUGUCGGGGCCACUGUUAUCCCCUUCAUUUCUUUAUAAGUGUUGUGUAUUUCUGCCUUUGGCCGCCAAGUUUCCUGCGGAUGGGGGCUACAUGGUGGCAUAACAGGUCAGUACACAUUGGAAAACAGUCCUGCAUAUUAACCCACCAGUGCCCAACACUUUCCGUUGACGAGUAAAAUCACCGGCGUUAGACACUAAUGCCGCGUUUACACUAUGACGUUAUGGCAAAUUUAUCGUAUAGUAUUGAUUUGCAUCCGGAAUAUGCCAAGCGCAGUGGUGGUCGUAGUGAACUGCUGCGUUAUAGUGUAAACACAAUACUAAGGAACGUAGUGAAUUUUUAACGGAAACCGUAGCGUUAUAGUGUAAACGCAGCCUGGCCAGCUAAAAUAACAAACACUGUAUAGCGCACACUGUUAUACAUUCUAGCUUAAUGGGAUAACAAGGAAAGUAGUGUAUCAUCAACAUUUUAUUGAGCAGCAUUAUAGAGUGUAUUACGUUGAAAUGUUUAUUUUCUUUAGGUUGAUUACAGGUAUCUUGUAAAGGUCUUUUCUGACUUGCAGUUUAUUAUAACAUAAAAUUCAUUUAUUGUAGGCAGUGAUCCUGCAACUUGCAAUCUAAAAAAGUACUUUCACUCUGGCAUUUUGAAAGGAAGGAUUGCCUUCAUGAAACAACUACAGAAAUGGUUGGGAGAGAAAUGUAAAUGGAAUCUUUGUUACAGAGCUUCCAGAGAUGGUUGGAGCGCCCAAGCUUUUCACAAACAUUGUGACAAUAAAGGACCGACAGUGGUUUUGGUGAAAGCCAAUGAUUGUAUAUUUGGAGGAUACACUGACCAACACUGGGAAUCUCCAAGUAUGUAAGAAAACAUUAUUAAUAUUUGUAUCAUUUACUGUAUGAGAGCUAUAUAUUUCUCCAGCAAACUGCAUUUCAACCUCGUUCCCAGGCUCUUCCCUCUUGUGGAGGAAAGACCCUGGUCGUAGCUGGUCACGUGUCACGCAGAUUUUGCGUGAUAAAUUGAUAUUGAUCUCAGGGAGGGGUGGUAGAGGAGUCUGUUUGUUGCGUUUGGAAAAUUGCAUCUUUAUGUGUUAUAGUUUCGGGUGAUAAAAUGUAUCUUCCAACAAGAAAUCAUGAAAGAAACUGUUCUCACUUCGUAUUCAUCAUGACACGACUUCCUGCUAUACUGAAUGUCAUCAAUAAUAAGUUUUGCGUUAGUACAUUUUAUGCAGGGCUCGAAAUAAAUCUGGAAGGUACACCGGUCAUCAUGACCAGUGCAUUAUUAAAUUUACCGGUCAAGACGGAUGUUUGGCCGGUCAUGUUUUGAUUUUCUUAUUUGCACCUAUUUCAAGUGAACUUGUGCAGGUAAGAUUACAGACUUCCACUUUUCUCAGUAAACACAAAAUUGUGCGAAACAAAAAUUUCGCUCGAUUGCCGGUUAUGCGUGUCGGGUAAGAGACAGUAUUUGCCAGUCAAAAUGAAAAAAUUCGCUGGACAAUGACCGAUGACCGGCACUUACUCCGAGGCUGAUUUCAUGCGAGAAGCUGGAUCAUAUUUCACUUGCAAGAGGCGCGUCUGGCUUGUGAAGUUGAGCACGCUUCGCUGUACUUACUGCCUGUACUGAACAUACAUAUCUUCAAUGGCGGUGGCCAUUCAGGGCUUUAUUUGAUCGUGCUUAAUUCCUUAAAAUCCAGCUUCUUUCGAAUGGAAAAUGUCGCUGUGAGUCUUCAAUAUUUAUAUGAACUUUAAUCUUUAUCGUAUACUGUAAUCGACAUUUUAAAAGUUUCACCAAAUGAUACUGGAGAGUGGAGGCAAACAACCUAUCUAUCAACCUAAAUAUCUAAUAUUAGCUCAUUCAACCUAUCUAUCUAUUUGAGAAAUGUUCUAAAAAUGAAUGGUUACCCACGGCAUUUCAUAGAUAAUGCUAUGAAAACGCCACAAAGUAUACAGCAGAAGAUUGAAUAUCAGUCGUCUGUUUGUCUACCAUACAUUGGUCCGGCUUCACACAAAAUCGAAAGAAUUUUGAGGAAUGAAGCAGGUAUAAAGGUAUACCAUUCCAGCGAAAACAAAUUGUUUCGAGCUCUUUGCACACAUAGCUAGGACAACGUAAAUGAAUCUCAGAAACCUGGUGUGUACCGCAUUCCUUGUGAAUGUGGUCUGGUUUACAUUGGUGAAACUGGUCGAAAUCUCUCAGUACGUCUUAAGGAACACAAGACGAAUUGUGAGAAAGCCGAGCAAGAUAAAUCUGCUGUGGCUAAACAUACAGUACUUGGACUUACGACCAUCGUAUAAAAUGGGACGAAGCAACCAUUUUGGCAAUUGAUAGUCAUAAGUUCUCUCUCAAAAUGAGAGAGUCAAUUGAAAUCGAGAAGCACAAUACUAUAGAUCAGGAGGGAAAGCCACUAGAUAGUACGUGGCGUGCCCUCUUUAAUGUGCAAAAUUAAUUUGCAGUAAUAAAUUUAUGUGGUGUUUCCACAAACAAAACUAUUAUAUUUUAUCGCCAUGCAAACAUACAAAGAACUUAUAACCUAUCUAUCAAUGGAAACUUUAAAAGGCUUAUAAAAACUCAUUACAUUAUAAGUAAUUCUAUGAGCGAGACUUCGUGCGUAUAUACAGUUUAUGAAAUAUGUAUAUAUAUCCCUGAUAAAACGUGGGGACACUUUAUACCAGAAUAAUAAAUAGUUUUGCUAAACCUUAUCGGCUAUCAUUCCUUUGCAUUGAAGGGGCGAGGGUGAAUGGCAAGAUAAUUAUAUAGGAGACAAUGUGCAAUAUUUUGGCUUCAACAUACAGGUACUCAUGCAGACAAAAAAGGAAAUGCAUACAGUUGUGGAUUGUGACGAUUGUCGUAUAAUUGUGCACUGUCGAUCCCAAACAAUUUUGUACGUUAACACUCCUUCCUACCUGGUGUUUAAUAUAAACGAUGAUAAUUAACCUAUUUUUUUAAAAAAAUAUCUACAGCACUAUGUUUAUAAACGGUUUUAGAAUCAAUAGAAUGGACAUUCAACGUCUAUUUGGCUAGUGUCCAAAUGUGUAACGUUUGCUAUAACACUACCAAGGUCUUAAUAUUUAACAAGUAAAUAAAUGCAAAGUAUAUACCGUUUCCAAAUGACAACAAUUCAAUUGCAUAUAUGUGUUAUAAGAAUAUUAAAAAUAUCUGAACCAGAGGCAGAACAGAAACGUAUGCGCGAAAUGAAACUGGGCCCGAACUCCGAGAAUAUAAAAAGAGCAAAUAUUUCAAAGCAUACGAUCGUACAUUUUCAUUGCUUGAUUUUCUGACUUGUCUGUUGCUAUAUGAAUCUGCAGUUUACCAUGUUUGUAUAAUUUAAAAGCAAACAGAAACCAAAUUUAGCAAGUAUUUUGAAGUAAUUAUGAUUCUCAAAGAUGAUUGUACAGAACAGUCUCUCCUUGCAAUCGAAGUGUGAAAUGCGGAAGUGGAAACAUGUAAUAUGAGAUUUUUGUAAAUCUAGAUUUGGAUUUUUAGGAUUCGGAUUUUGUGGAUUCGUUAAACAAAUGCAUGGAACGAAUUGUGAGAAUCGGAAUUCGCCUGCUGUUUUCCCGCCAUUUUUACAAUAAGUUUUCUGUCCCAAUAUACCUUUCGAUCGGGUCAAGGUAUAUGCUAGAAGGCCAGAAACUCAAAAGGAACGUUGAAUCCUAAUCAAGUUUCAGAUAGAAUCUGAAAAAUCCAUAUAUUGAAGUGAACUCAUCAGAUUCGAUUCUAUUUAAAAUUUUGUCAAAUGAAACUGAAAAUCGAUAAUCGGAUUUGAAAAUUCAAAUCCGGAUUGCACUGAAGGAACGCUCUCUACGGCUACCCGUUUUCUAAGGGUCGCGUGACCAGCUCCGACCAGGGUCUUGUCCGCAAGAGGGAAGAGCCUGGGAACGAGGUUGACUGCAUUUAAUGAUAUUUAAGACUAUCGGACGAAUAAUAUCGGACGAAUACGCAAAUUCGUUCAGUUCCAUUUGUUACACAGGAAUUCAUAGAGUUAGCUGUGUUUGAAUUUGUCCAGCUUCAUGUGUCCGAUGUGAACGCAUAAGGUGAUAGUCGUGAAAUUGUGAGUAUGGUUCAGAAUUCGUCCAGUCCCGUGUGAAGAAGGGUCGAUUGGGUCAUAAUCAUGCCGAUCAUGUCCAAAAGUAAAUAUUAUAGAAACUAUUAAAUAUUUUAUUAAAAUUUAAUCAUUAAUUUUGUUCAAUUUUAAGGUGGUGCUUGGAAACGUUCCAACUCGUCAUUUUUAUUUUCCCUACGCAACAAAGACAACCUUGCUCCAUUUAUUACCAACGUCAAGCAAGGUAACGAGCAUGCAAUCUACUGUUGGUCUGGUUGUGGACCAACCUUUGGUGGAGGUCAUGAUCUGUGUAUUUGUAACAAUCCUCAAGUUAAUCAGCAAUCAUCCAGCAAUUUUGGACGCACAUAUCAACUUCCCCCUGGUUAUGUCUAUAGCAGUGAACAAGCAAGGAACCUUCUUGCUGGUCAGUACAAAUUCUUAACGACAGAAAUCGAAGUUUUCAACUGA